GCCAUUAAAGCGGAAGUCGUCUUUCUUGCUUUAUCACAAAGGAUCUAUCAUGCCUGAGUGUUCUAGGUUCCAACAGAAUCAUAAAGUAGUCAAAGACAGAACCAUGCCAAGAAAUUCAAGAGGAAGAUAUCGAGAGAGCGACAGCGAUUCAGAGAAGUUCUGUAAGCUCUUCAUCGGAGGACUUAGUUAUUCCACAAAUGAAGAAUCGAUGAAAGAAUAUUUUGAACCAUGGGGUGAUGUGGUCGAUUGUGUAGUGAUGCGAGAUCCAAACACAAAAAAGUCUCGAGGAUUUGGUUUCAUAACUUAUAAGACAGAAGAACAAGUUGACAAGGCCCAAUGUAAUCGGCCCCACAAUAUAGACAACAAAGAAGUCGAGACAAAGAGAGCUAUGCCAAGAAAUGAAACAGAUUCUCAAAUUACUGUGAAAAAAUUAUUUGUUGGUGGCAUUAAAGAAGACACAACCGAGGAAGAUAUUCGUGAAUUUUUUAGUUCUAAAGGAAAAAUCGAGUCGAUUGAUAUGAUAACUGAUAAGGGCACAGGAAAGAAAAGAGGCUUUUGUUUUAUUACAUUUGAAGAUUAUGACACAGUCGACAAAUUAGUAUUACGAAAGUACUAUGACUUCAAAGGCAAACGGAUAGAAGUUAAAAAAGCCUUGUCUCGUGCUGAAAUGAAUCACAACAAACAGGCGAAUAUGAACCAAAUGAGUGGACCAAUGGGGCCUAUGGGACCUGGCCCACAUAUGGGACCGAUGGGGCCAAUGGGGCCUGGCCCACACAUGGGGCCACCAGGACCACAUGGUCGUGGGAAUCGAGGUGGUAUGGGUGGCGGCCGAGGCGGUGGUGACUGGCACAACUCACCUGGUAAUUACAGCUACGGUGGUAACUUCAAUGGAGGAUAUCACCAAGGUCCAGGUAAUUGGGGAGGGCGAGGUGGUCACCCUGGUUAUGGUGGAGGCUACGGAUACCAAGGUAAUUAUGGUGGUGGUCAUGGUGGCUAUGGUAACCAACAUGGCUAUGGAGGCUGUGGUCAAGGUGGUUGGAAUCAAGGUGGUGGCUAUGAAACCUUUGGAGGUGGUUAUGGUGGUGGUGGUGGUAGCUAUGGGGGCGGCUAUAGGCGAUGAGUCUGAAGUUGGCUUAUCUAUCAGGCAGGCUUAUUGUAUGCAGGGAUGAAUGACAGUUUUGCUGGCUGGAACCUGGCAGCUAGCAUUAUUCUUAGUUUCGCACAUAUUGGAGUCUGACAUAAUGGUACCAGUGCCAUUUAGUAAAAAAAACACUUGUGGAAGCUCAAGUCAGAACUGAACUAGUCUCCAUACAUUCACUAGAAUCUUCUCACUCAAGAACUUUUAUCUGCUUUAUUAUCAUUUUCCUUCUUCCCAGCUAAUUGUAAAUUGCUGAUCUUUCUUCCUUCCAUUUUAUACUUUGCUUAUUCUCUUAUUCAAUAUUUCAUAAGUUAUCGAUUUAUCUUCUAAACUUUCUAGCUGCUUUGUUAAGUCCCAUGUAAUAUUGUUUGAUAAAAAGUAAAGAUAUACUAAAUGUAUAAUCUGCCUCACAGAUAAGCCUAAUCUUUUUUUUUUUCUGUACAAUGUAGUUUUUCCCAUAAAAAAUAAAAAAGUAAGGAACUCCAA